CCUCCUAUAAACAGGAAUGGUUCGGUGCUUCUCCAAGAAAACAGCAAGCAGCCAGAAGAACCAGCGAAACAUGUCUCCGCCUGUUAAGGUCCUCGGCCAUCUCACCAGCGCAUUCGCGCACCGCGUUGAGGCCGCUCUGCGGCUCAAGGGCGUGCCAUACGAGCUGAUCCGGGAAGACCUGAGCAACAAGAGCGAGCUGCUGCUCGCCAAUAACCCUGUCCACAAGACGGUGCCUGUGCUCCUCCAUGGCGACCAGGCCAUCUGUGAGUCCCUCGUCAUCGUCGAGUACAUCGACGAGGUCUUCGACGGGCCGCCGCUCCUCCCGGCCGACCCCUACGACCGUGCCAUGGUCCGCUUCUGGGCAGACUUCAUGGACAAGCUCUUCGUGCCGUUCUGGAUGGCACACUGGGUAGAGGGCGAGGCGCAGAAGACUCUAGUGGAGGAGGUCAAGCAGAAGCUGGCGCUUCUGGAGGCGCAGCUCAAGGGGAAGAGGUUCUUUGGGGGCGACACCAUCGGCUACAUCGACAUAGCUGCCUGUGUGUUGGGUCCUUGGCUCAGCAUGGUAGAGGAGGUGACCGGAGUGGUCGUGCUUGACGAAGACGAGUACCCUGCUCUACGCCGGUGGUCCAAGGAGUACAGUUCCUACGAAGCUCUGAAGCAGUGCAUCCCGGACAGAGACCAGCUCGUCGCCUUCUAUACUGAACGCAAGGAGAAUUACAAAAUGAUGGCUAAAGCAUGGUUGAAGCAGUAAUUGGAUGCUACAAGUGGUGGCUAGAACAUGUCUUUGUGUGUGGAAUAAUGUAUGGAUGACAAUUGGCCUGUGUUCAGAUGUUUAUUUCGUGAUUUUAGUUGUUAUUACUUCAUAAUUUUGAUGAAAA